AUGGCUGGGUACCAGAGUUCAACAACUAAGCUUUACAACGAUUCUUCUUCUUUAACCAGCGCUUCUUACUCUCCAUCACCACCCAAUUCUUCUAAUCAAUCUUUAAUACAACUCCCUACCACGCCGACUUCUCCGGCUCCUUCAUUCUCUAACUCUUCAACCACGAAAAACUCUACCACCACGAAUUCCAACACCAACAAUAACUCUUCCUCUUCCACCACCAAUUCACCAAAAACCAUCACCUCCUCGAACAAUUCAGCAUCUACCACACCUACAGCGAACAACAGCAACUCAAACUCUCCAGCUGCUUCACGCUCCUUAACCAAUAAUAACUCUUCUGCAAAUAACUCUCCUUCUUCUAACCCUCAAUCUUUACCUCAUUCCGCAUUCACUCCAUAUCAAAAUUCUCCUCAACAUCCAACUCCGGUGACUACACCGACUUCGAUACCAAAGAAUCCACUAUCUCAACAAGCACAACAACAACCAGAUCCAACAAUGAUGACAUCUCACUUGGACAAUGGUUCGAGUCCUACUUUGGGAUAUCCACCGCACACACAUUUCACAAAUCCAGCCACACCUUUUUGGCAACAACAAUGGCCUGUUGGAGGAAAUGGAACUAAUGGAGUGGCAGUGGCGACAUUAGCUCAACAAGGUGGUAGUGCUUUUAUGCCUACUUACGGAGGUGGUGCUGGAGGCUCAAUGCCACCGCAUAAUCCUCGCCCCAAACUAACCACCACAAUAUGGGAAGAUGAGGCCACAUUGUGUUAUCAGGUUGAUGCUCGCGGAAUCUGUGUGGCGAGACGUCAAGAUAAUGACAUGAUAAACGGGACCAAACUGCUAAAUGUGGUAGGAAUGUCUCGUGGUAAACGUGAUGGGAUACUAAAAAACGAAAAAGGACGUGUUGUCGUAAAAGUUGGUGCAAUGCAUCUUAAAGGUGUAUGGAUCACAUUUCAGCGAGCAAAAACUUUGGCUGCACAAUUUAAGAUCGGGGAUAUACUUUACCCACUAUUUGUGGAUGAUCCAAGUGUAUUUCUUCAUAGCUCAUAUGCUGCUCCCAUGAACCGAAUACCAUCGAUGGGUGCUGGUGCAGGUAAUAACCAAUGGCGGGGGCAACCUCAUCCUUUUGCCAACACAUUCAAUAAUCAAUACGCUGAAGGACGACCAUGGGGUUAUUCAUAUGGCAACAAUAAUCCUGUUGCUGGUAUGUUACCUCCUACAUCCGCAUCACAAGGCUCAAGAACUCAUACACCACAUCCCCCCCAACAUAUUGAAGAAGAAUACACUAAUUAUAAUCUGAUGAAUGGUCAAAAUCCACAAGGCCAACCAGGAGUUGUAGUCUCGAGUGGGGUAAGUUUAUUCUGA